AUGUGCACGACUGUGGUUGAAGAUGUUGAAGACUACAGCUUCACUAUUGAGGUCAUAGACCUAGGCUCCCUUGCGACCUCAACAGUCAUUACGCGAACACAGGACAGCCGCUCUGCUGUGCUGGCCAUUGCGGCAAGUGGAUAUCUUGCGAUCAUACCAGUGACACCAUCUCUGGCAAUAUCCUUCAAGACUCUCGAGCUCUUCCGGUGCUUGUGCCUGCAGAAGGCAUCGUUCAGCGUGGAAGCAUUUGCAAAGGUCAUAUGUGAUUACUAUGCAGUGCCAUAUCGAAGAAGGUAUCGCUCUGCAUUGAGCAAUGCCUUCGAUAUCUACCUGACCAUGCAGCGUAUGAUUGAGAAGCGGGUUCAAUCUGCUCUUGGCCACAAUACACCCAACUGGCGGGUGCUUAAUGCAUGCCCUGCAUGCUGCUACAGUCUCGAGGGAGAACCGGAGCUCAAGAUCGGCUGUAUGUAUUGUUUUGAUGGCAACAAUUCCCUCAAGUGA